AUGGAAUCGGAUUUAAGUAAAAUGCCGACGAAAAUACCGCCUAAAAACUUUUCGAUCGAAUCGAUAGUCGGUCUAAACGAAAGGCGUUCACCAGAAAUAGACAUCGAAAAUACAAUCGGUAAUUUUAACAAUGAACAGUCUGAAGACGAAGAGUUAAAAGUUCAGGAGGGAAAAGUAGAUUAUUACUUUCAACAGAAUCGUGUCGCGAGUUUUCCGUUUUUCAUGUCUUAUGAUAAAAGGGUUGUCGCUAAUGGAUAUGCUGAGGGUCAAGGGAGUGAGGACAUGAAGAGGGACAGUCCGAGGAGUGAGAGGAGCGAGAUGGACAGCGAUGGAGCUGAUGAGAGACCGAACGAAUCUGUGAGUCCCCGGUCAGAACCCAUGAAUUCAACUGGUUCUGCACCAGAUCCUAAUAUAAGGAGAUAUCGUACAGCAUUCACGAGGGAGCAACUCGCUCGUCUAGAAAAGGAGUUCAUGAAAGAGAACUACGUCUCCCGACCGAGGAGGUGCGAGCUGGCAACUCAGUUGCAACUACCAGAGUCUACGAUUAAGGUAUGGUUCCAAAAUCGAAGAAUGAAAGACAAAAGACAGCGCAUAGCUGUCGCUUGGCCCUACGCUGCAGUAUACAGCGACCCAGCGUUCGCUGCCUCCAUCCUCCAAGCCGCUGCAUCAACAGUAGGACUACCUUACGGUUACCCCUCCCCCACAAUACUACCCCCCUUCCACAACCCACAAUUGCUCCCCUCCGGCUACCCCUACCCUUACCCCCCCUACCCAAGAUACCCCUACAUAGCCCCUACCCCAACGUCCCCGGUAAACACAGAGUCAAACCUGAGACCGGCGUACCAAAAUUUCAAUUUAAACGUUGAUAAAUAA